AUGGACCUCCCGGACCUGCCCAGCGAGAUCUUCCUCCUCGUCGCCGCCCGCCUGUCCCCGCGCGACCUCGUCCGCUGCCGCCGCGUCUCCCGCGCCUGGCGCCAGGCCUUCACCCGCCCGGACUUUAGCGCCGAGUGCCUGCGCCGCCACUUCCCCCGCUGCCGCGAGAUGCGCCUCCAGCAGCAGCAGCAGCGGUCCGGGACAGAGACAGAGACAGGGACGGCAGACUGGCCCGCGCUGUUCGCCCUCGUCGCCCGCCGGUACGACGGCCUGCGCCGCGCCCAGCCCCGCGCCACGCGGAAAGUCGAGCUCGCCGUCUCCGGCCCGGCCCAGGACGACGCGUCCGCAGGGCGGGACCACUACCAUCACCACCCCGUGUACCGGUUCUACCGCGUCGCGCCCUGGGACCGGUGCCUCGAGCUCGACGGCCGGGUCGCGAAGCUGCACUACCCGGAGCCCGAGUGGGCCUUUGACGGCGGCCUGCUGGUCUACCCCGCGCCGCCGGCGCCGGCCGCGGCGGCGGCGGACCCGGAGUCCGACGCGGUCCGGCGGCCCUACCGCGUCCUCGACGUGAGCACCGCGGCCGAGCCCGCCGUGGUGCCCUUCGACGCGGCGGGCAGGAUCGUCCGGCGGGUGCGCCUCGCGCACGCGGUCCUGGCGAUCGAGUGGGCCGAGGCCGAGCCGUACCACAGCCUCAACGAGCGCACCUCGGUGCACAGGCACUUUGUCUCGCUGUUCGACGUCGCCGGCGGCGGCGGCGGCGGCGGCGGCGGUUCGGCAGUGGCGGUCGCCCACCGCGCCGACUUCAAGAUGCACUUCCUCGGCCUGCCGCUCACGCCCGUCGACCGCUUCCUCUCGGCGCACGACGCGCGCCACUACGCCGUCUACGUCUGGCAGCCGAACCGCUCGCCCUACGGCGAGAACGCGCCCAUCGAGUCGGUCGUCGUGUGGUCCAUCGCCGACGAGGCGGGCGGCAGCAGCGGAGGAGGAGGAGGAGGAGGAGGAGGCAAGGGGCGGAGGAGGAGCAGCAGCGAGCCCAGGGUGGUCCGCCGCCUGACCUUCCGCGAGCUCGAGGCCCUGGGCGUGCGCCAGCGGCAGACGCCGCACCUGCGCGAGCUGCGGCUGCGCGACGGCACGCUGUACCUCCACGAGGAGGACCACCGGUGGGCCUCGGGCCCGCAGAGCAGCCCCGCCCCGCCGCGGUUCCACCGGGUCUGGGUCACCGGCGUCCCGGUCGCGCCUCCUCCUGCUGUUACCUCCUCUUCCUCCCCGUCCGCGACCGCAGAAGCAGAAGCGGGACCAGAAUCGGACGACGACGACGAUGACGCACACCCCUUCCACGGCCCGCACUGGCGCGACGAGUGCGGCGCAGACUCGGACGCCGAGAUGUCCUUCUGCCGGCAGGCCACCGCUUCCACCUCCGCCUCCGCCUCCGCGGGUCAACAACCCGCCACCGCCGCCGCCGCCGACGACGACGACGACGCCCCGCACCGCCCGGCCUGCUGGCGCCACCGCGACUUCCCCUUCUUCGGCGUCGCGCGGGCCGCCGACGGCCCCGCGGGCGUGCGCUUCGCCGCGCGGCACUGCUUCAUGCUCGAGACGGUGAGCGCGCACGUCCGGCCCUUCGCCGUCGUGCUGCGCUCUUGCUCGGUGCCGGUCCCGCCGGCGCUCGACAGAGUCCGCGGGCGGAGGCGGUGGGGGGUCCGGAGCCUCAUGCCCGCUAUGCUCCGGCUCGAGGGGCACGACGUGCCGCCCGAGUGGGAGGAGGAGGAGGAGGGACAGGAAGAUAGGGAUGACGACGGCUACGAUGAGGGUGAUGGCGGGAGGAGUGGUGAGAAGGUCGUCGAGGAGGUGCAGUUUGACGACGGGGUCUGGGGGGAGCUGCUGGGCAAGGGGUGCAUGUUUGGGGAGGAGCGGUGGGUUGUCGGGGAGGAUGGGGAGGGCAGGGUGACUGUUUUGUUGUUUUGA